GUGUGAAAGUAUUAGUACAGUUGUUACUUUAGGUAUUAGUGUUGCUGUGUUUGGUGUUAGUGGUAGUAAGAGGUGUUGUGAUUGCUGCUGGUGGAUUGCUGUAUGAGCAAAGGGAAACCUCUGUAGGUGAGGUGUAACAGGCUAAGCUCCCAGGUGCUAACGAGGAAACGAGUAAAACCAACGUAGAGUCAGGAAGCAGAAGAACAGAGAGAAUGAAACGCGGAAGAUCUUGUUUGGCCAAGUGAACCGCGCUGAGGUUAUGAGUGUCACAGGGUUUCCCCACCGCUGCUGCUCUGAGCAUCAAGACAAACAUGACCAACUGGACUACAACUCAAGUCUUUGAUGAUUCGGUCGGACGGACCUGAUUUUCAAAACGGGAGAUAAAGGUGUGGUCAAUCCAUCGGCGUAAAAAGUGGAUCGGGGAACGCGGAUUAUUUUUUUCCUCUAAAAAAAAAAGAUAUCGUCCAUAAUCGAUGCCAAAAGAGAGGCGGAGGUCUAUUAAGGAGGCGUUGACCUGUAGAUCCUCUCCUCUGCGCAUUGGGAAAGAGCGCCAGGGCCACUGCUCGUCCUCGCACGUCUGUGAUGAGCGGCUGCCGAUGGCGAGCGCGCGCCCGGUGCCGCAGCUGACCGUGACGGCGGAAGAGGAGGAAGGCAGCGGCGCGCGGGAGAUCGGCUACGAGGAGGCGGAGGCGCUGAACGGAGGCGCGCCGCUCCGCCGCAAGCUCUCCACCUCGUCCGUGUCGUCCACCGGCUCGUCCGUGGGCUUGGAGGAGUCUGAGGACGACGUCCUGAGCGACAACGAAACGAAGAGUAAAGGCAUCGUUACUUUAGAGCGCGUCGGAGACGGAGGAGAGGCUAAGACCUGGUGCACAUUGAAGACUGUUGUCCGUUGGCAUGGUAUAGCCUCACAGAGAAAGCGCUUGUCGUGGGUUCAGUUAGCCGGUCAUAAAGGCAGCUUCAAAGCAGGAGAGGAGGGCACGAUUCUGAAGAAGUACGCCGAGAACGAGAAGCUGUGUUUCGAGCACUUAAGGGGAGACAGGUUGGAACGAUUUGUACCAGCCUACCGUGGAACGGUUGAGAGAGAUGGAGAGCUCUUCUUACAGAUGAGUGACCUGCUAACCAACUUCAAUGGGCCGAAUGUCAUGGACUGCAAGAUGGGAGUGAGAACAUAUCUGGAGGAAGAGCUGGAGCGAGCCAGGGAGAAGCCCAAGCUGCGCAAGGACUUGUAUAACAAAAUGCUGGAGGUGGACGGCGAGGCUCCCACCGCCGGGGAACACAAGCAGCAGGCCGUGACCAAGCUACGUUACAUGCAGUGGAGGGAGACUAUCAGCUCCACCAGCACUCUGGGCUUCCGUAUCGAGGGCAUCAAGAAAUCGGAUGGGACCUGCCGCACAGACUUUAAGAAGACUCACUCGAGGGAAGAAGUCGCACAGGUCUUCAAAGACUUUGUCAGCGGGAAUGGAAAAAUAAUUAGCUCCUACAUUAGGAGGCUGGAGGAUAUCAAACAGACCCUGAAGGCUUCAGAAUUUUUCAUGAAACAUGAGGUCAUCGGGAGUUCAAUGCUGUUCAUCCACGACCACACGGAGCGAGCUGAAGUUUGGCUCAUCGAUUUCGGUAAGACCACGGCUCUUCCUGACGGACAAACGCUGGAUCACAAUAUUCCCUGGAACGAGGGCAACCGAGAGGACGGAUACUUAUGGGGCCUCGACAACCUGCUGCACACCCUCAGCUCCCUGCCAGCACUGAGCUCAUAAUGAACUUUUAAGAUGGACCCUUUUACAUCGUGCCAUGGGGAAAUCUGUGUUUCAUUCGCAGUAUAAAAAUCACACACUCGACACAGCUUUUCUUUCAUAUGAGUAACUGUCCAAGAGUCCAAGAGCACAGAAUUUAAUUCAGGUGCCUCAUGUCCCUAGCUGAUAAUGUUGGAGAAUUUAUAGCACACAGUGACAUCAAUUAGUACUCAGUUUGUCAGUAGACUCAAUUUAAAUGACCAGUGAAGAAUAUUACUGCACCCUUAAUACAGUAUACCAUGCUCUAUUACUGAAAGUCCAUUACCAGCAAAUUACCAUUAAAAAAAAAAAAAAAAGCAAAGGCAAAUUGCUUUUACAAAAAUGUAAGCUUUUAUUAUUAGUCAAAGCUAAUAUGUACCAGACAAGAUACCGUUUGUUUUGUUAUUCCUCCCAGAGGACGAGAAACACGUUUAAUGCCGAGCCGAUUGUGAGCGCACAGCACAACCAAGAAAUUCUAACAAGACUUCCGCCCACAUUUGGGGGUGACUCACUAGAUUUAGCUGCCACACUCGCUCGCUUUUAUCUUUAGCCUUAUCUCCAGACCAUUGCUGUGAUCAUGCUUUGUUUCUCACUUCUAAGGUGUCGUAAAAUGACUCACUUGUUUGUUCGGUGACUUUUUACUUUAAUUGCGAUUCACGCGAUUACCCGUUUAAUGGCAAGUGUGCAUUAGUUGAAUGCAGGUUAUGACUCAUGAGCAAACCAAACAGUCUUGGAAAUAGGAGAAGCACAGCAGGAAUCUUAGUCAUCUAUUCCACAAGCGCAGUUAAGUGUAAUGCUAAACGGUUGCAUAUAAUAACUAAGUACAUACUCCAGUAAUGAAAUAACUGCAGUAUUAACUAUUGCAGACAGAAUUUGUGUUAUGUAACGCCCCUCUGAAUGUAUUUGCACCACAAAGAGCUGAAGUACAAUCCAAGCAGUUUUCCUUUUUCUGUUUCUUUGAAAAAAAAAAUCAAAAUCAGGCAGUGAUAGCAAUUUAAAGCUCUGCGUUUGCAACCAGAAUUAUACGUUGAAAUCCCAGGACUGCCAGAGAGACAGCUUUGCCCCCCCAAAGCAAAGCACGUAACCUUCAACUUCUUUUUGUGUUUUACUUAUGAGGCCCUUUGUUUAACGUUUCAGACCUAAAAAUCAAACCUUUGUAGCGGAUUUGCGAUAAAUCACCAAUCUGUAGAGACUGUAAGACACAUUAGCAUGUCUCUUUCUGUAUGCUCCCCCUCCACCCACCCACUGAAGCUCUUUCUGUUCUCUAUCAUCUCCUGUAUGAUUUUUCUUUUUGUGGGACAGACCACUAAUAUCAAUUCCCCCUUUUGAAACUUAUAAAACGUGUAUGGGUUUACGAGGGUCUGUGGGUUUUAACCGUGUUUAAACCCAGGAUCAAAUUAGGUGUUUUUUUUAAGACUUUCCUACUUGAAUAUCACUAGUAUGCAAUUAAUUAGUGUCUAUAAAUAUAUACUGUACUGGUAAUUUUUUUCAAGUUUGUCUUGUGGCAAAAAGUGGUACUGCGAUUUUUCCUGUUCAUUUGUUGAAGGCUUUAUUGUAUUCUUUUCCUGGUGUGAAGCAUUAAGUUUUAGGACCUGGGCUGCAGUUUGCUUAUCUAUAUUUCUGUAAAAGUAUUUUCCAUGUCAAAGCGGACAAAUUUUUACCUUCAAACACUAUUGUUUUUAGGGACAAGGUGACAGUAUUUCUUGUCACAGGACAAACACGUGAGAUGUUCUCAUAAUAAAUAUCUUUAAAAUAA